ACAGUUGCAACUAAAAUAAUAACACAAGUGGUUUGCGUUCGCGGGUAGGUACUACAAUAUCGGCAGUCGCGACGACUAAGAAGAAGUAAAAGGAAGGAAGAACGACGAGAAGAAUAAAGUGAGAAUAAGAAGACAGCGGACUCGUUACUCAGUAGUGUGCAUUUGUGCAGUAAGGUGGUCGCGAUUACCAGCUGACGGUCGCAGGCACCAGGCAGGGCACUGACACUUCUGGUCUCUCGGCGGCGGAUUUUGGGAAGAACGAACGAAGAACGUUUUUACCUUCUUCGCGAGCUUUGUAUUCUCUCGAUUGUCGUUUCGAUGUAAUUUGGUGGCAACGGCCAGGGCUAGGACACUAUUACUCGGUGCUCUGCACACCACACAGGACCGGGAUGCAAAAACAAAAAAUAAAAAAGUGAGCGCGCCCACCAUAUCAGUGGCACUACCAGUGGUACUUAUUAAUGCGAAGUGCAUGUGCGAGCCGCGAUCUUGUUUCGCGGCGCAUUCUUGAACCUUCCGGCGAUGCUGACGGGGUCACCGCGGCUAAUGCAACUACAAACAAUAGGACUGACAUGAUGGUCUACCCGGACCCCCAAUGGACCUGUUCGGCUACAGCCCCCAUGCUCCAACUAUAUGAGGAUGUCAGUUAUAGAGUGAAUGUAGUGGAAGCCUUACAAGAAUUCUGGCAAAUGAAACAAGCCAGAGGUGCAGAUCUACGUAAUGGUGCCCUUGUAAUAUACGAAUCAGUCCCUUCGAAUGCUCAACCAUAUGUUUGUUAUGUUACAUUACCAGGUGGAUCUUGCUUUGGUAGUUUUCAAAACUGUCCAACCAAAGCUGAAGCACGUCGGAGUGCAGCGAAAAUAGCUUUAAUGAAUUCCGUUUUUAAUGAACAUCCUUCUAGAAGAAUAUCUGACGAUUUUAUAGAAAAAGCAGUGGCGGAGGCACGAUCAUCUUUUAAAGGUGAAAGUGAAGAAGCCGACAAUCCAAAUACAGGCAUAGGCGCCUUCAGAUUUAUGUUAGAAUCGAACAAAGGGCGCACUAUGCUAGAAUUUCAAGAAUUAAUGACAGUGUUUCAACUUCUUCAUUGGAACGGUAGCCUUAAAGCCAUGCGUGAACGGCAAUGUAGUAGACAAGAAGUUGUAGCCCAUUACUCAAACAGAGCCUUGGAUGAUGACAUGAGGUCCCAAAUGGCAUUAGAUUGGAUAGCUAGGGAACAAGAAUGUUCGGGUUCGCUCAGGAAAGAGCUUAAUCAGGCUGAAAGAGAAUUAGAAUCUGCAAGAUUAGCUAGUCGAGAACUUAGGUUUCCCAAAGAAAAAAAGGACAUUCUUAUUUUGGCUCAUAGUCAGUUGUAAAUACGCCCGUGAUGAAGAAAAAGGUUGGUCGUAAUAAAGGAAGACAUUUUGUAAUGUUGUUGUCAACAAAUGUGAUCAAAUUUUUUUAAUAAAUGUGAAACGAUAAAAAAUGAGAAUGCAUAUAUUAUUGCCAUAGUUAUUUCUCAUUUUGAUUGAGGUCAAGAGUGACAGUAAUUAUGAAGAUAUUUGCAUUGUCACUAAUUCAUUCAUAAACUAAUAUCAUAAUUUUUUUAAAACUUUAUAAUGAUGUCAAGUAAUAUGCAGAAGAAUUCAUGUAAAAACAGAUAUUUUUAAACUAAUUUGAAAAAAAAAUAAAUGUAAACCAUAGUGACGGCACUAUUCUGGCACGAUUUUAAGUGGGCCAAAAUAAGAGCAUAGUAGAAUAGUGAAAGUAAGUAAUAAAAUAAAGUAUGGAAAUGCCUAAUGGUCCUAAAUGCGGAUAAUUCAAAGUAGAAAUAUAUUCAGAAUAUAAAUGUGACAUAUACAGUGUUCCCUUUUUUUAAAUACAUUAUCUAAAGUAGUAUUUCUAAUAUUGUAUAAUUUCACUGAUUUUUGGGCAUUUUCAAACUUCUAUAUUUUUUGUAAUAUAGCUACAGAAGGACUACUGCAUUGCAAUUGAGUUUUCACUAAUAAAUUUAGAAAUUCUCAAAACAUAUUGGUGUUUGUUUAAGUGUUGUUGCUGAUUACUAACAUUUUAAUAGAAAACAUAUUAAUUUACAAAUAUUUCCUAUUCAGGUCCUAUUUCUUUCCAUUCAUUCAUAUAAAUUUGAAAUUAUUUAAAAAAGGAUGUAUCCCACCAAAUUCAAAAAUUAUAUUCUCAUCCUCAGAAUCUAACUGACACUAUUUUCCACAAUAAUAUUUUAAUAAAGAUUAUUAGAUGAUGAUCUCUAUUUUGUGUUUAUUUAUUGGAAUUUUGUAAAAUUCCAUAAAUAUAUUUUUUAUAAUUUUAAAAAUUACAUGCAUAAUACAAUAAAAAUUUUAUCGUUCUUUGACUUUUUUUAUACAUUUUCUGGAAUUGUAUAUUUUAAGAGGUGAUUUUUUGAAUAUACGAAUGUAUGUUACAAAAUAUUUUAAAAUUUUUGGUUGUUGUAUUUCAACGAUUAUUGUAUUUUUCCAUAUUUUGAUAUUACACUAUUAAAAUAUAAUAUUUUGUGCUUUAUGACUCUAAUUUCAUAUUUACUGAAAGAAUUUGAUAACUAAAAAUAUAAUACAGAUGUUUUGAUACGCUUUGAUAUAAUGAUUGGUUUUGUUUGUCCUAUAUGAAAAAAGGAAAUUUAAAAUGGACAAAAAAAUCGAGAAAACUUCUUUAAAAAAACAAAAAUAAGUAUAUAUACAAUACUUUAUGUGUAAAUAAAAUUCAUUUCAAGUGUAAUUUGGAAUUUUUGUUAUGAAAAUGCCUCUGCUCACAAUCCAUAAUAUUAUUAGCAAUGAUCAUCAUCACUUUUUAAAAAGUACUAACUUUUGAUAUAAAAUUGUUCAAGUCGAACCAUAUGGUAAUAAGAGUAUAUUAUACCGGAGAACAGAGAAAAUAUAUUCUGAAUAUGAAUCAAGUAGUGGUAGUAGUAAUACAGAUUAAUCCAUACAUGCUACAAAGAGUUGUCUUGGAAAAUAUUGGAUAAUUAUACAUAUAAAAACAAAAUAAACAAGUUGAAAUUUUUGGAACCGUUCGUCAUAAUCAUACUGAACACACUGCUUACACUACCACCACACCAAUACUCACACUUCACUGUGUGACGCACGUUUCGAUAACAAAGUUAUCGUCUUCAGGGACUGAAGGUAAACUGAGUUUACCACCACUACAACAACACUGACGAUUACACUGUGGGACGCGCGUUUCGAUAACCAAGUUAUCGUCUUCAGAAACUGAAGGUAAACUAAAAUCUAAUGACUUGACUUUUCUGUUUUAUACUAAAUUUUCCCAGAAAUAAACUUUUUCUCGCGAAAAAUUAAGGUUUGAGAAAUCCUCUUUCCAAAAUCAAAAUGAAAAACAGGAAAAAUUUGCUCUGAUACCUCCCAAGCCUGUUUAAACAAAGUAAAUGGAAGGAAUUUUCAACAUCCAACAAUACAUGAAAACAAUUAUUUAGUAAUCCUAAGGAUGAAACACCAAAUUUGGAAAAGAGUGGUAUAUAUCAACUUAGCUGUGGUGAUUGUGGCUGGAAGUAUAUCAGGCUAACAAAGAGAUGUGUUUAUGUCCGGUUUAAAGAGCACAUAGCUCAUUUAAAAUAUAGACGAACGGAAAAAUAAAUUGUUGGAUGAAUUUUAAACCACUGAAAUUGCUAAAUGUAAGAACAGUUUAAAUAAGAACAAAGGGCAUAUUCCUUAGAGCCCAUUCUAUAGUUUAGUAAUUAAGGAAUAAAUGAUUCACGCGUAGAAGGUAUUCCCGCUGGAAUUAUUGAGGUAAACAGGUAAGUCGAGUCAAUAGGUUUUAGUUCUGAGGUCUCUGAAGACGAUAAUUUGCUUAUGGAAAUGUAAUUGUCAGUAUUAGUGCAGUGGAAAUAGUUUUUAUUACUGUUGUACUGUUGUUACGAAAUAUCGCCACUGGUAGAUUGUUAUGCCGAUUGUGAAAAUGAUCUAGCCGCAACACUAAUGGUAUUAUGUAAGUAAACCUAUGGUGGAUACCAAUAUCAUCAGUGUCAUUGUAGAAUGUCCUUAUCAUCUGGAAGUUCGAUUUCGUAUUGACAUCGAAAUGUACCUUAUACAAAAAUAAAAGAAAAAACAUCGCACGUAUUCAUACAAAACAUUUUCUUUUGCAUGAUCACCAACAUAACAAGUGGAAUUUUAUAUGACUUUGAAAUAAAAAAUAGAAAUAGGAGAAGCAACAUUUAUAAGUGUGCCACUGUUUCAAUAGUUGAAAUUGAGUAAAAUUAAAAUAUGGACAUUAUUUAAACGUCUGUUAUUCAAAAUAAAAUAGAUUUAUUAUAUAUCUAAACCCGAAACAAUCAAAAUAUUAUUUAAUGUAAACACUGUAAUUUAGACCACAUUCCUGUCCGAAAUGUCUACUUCCGUCCCUGUUCACAUACCUUAUAUGACCAUACAUUAUCCUUUCUAUUUUAUUUUCCAAUGAAAAUUCAAAUAGCAGUACCCACUACACAUUAUAUUGUUUAUACUUGACAAAAAAUAUUUUUCGCAUUUUAGCCUGUGAUAAAUGUACUGGAUAGAUUUAAUAUAGCAAUUAAAACCUAAUUAAUAAGCGGAAAGGGUUUGCUACUCUAUUGAGUUUGUCAUAUAAUGUGCUUCUAAAUAAAAACUGUAAUAUUUAGUAAACAUGUUUUUUUUGUCCACGUAGUAUAAGCUAUUGCAUUAUUUCUUUAUUAUACUUUUAAUAAUGACUGAUCACUUAUCGCUAAUUUCUGGUAUA